AUUUUCUUCUACAUUUACUUAUAAUAAAUCUACUUCUACAUUUACUUAUUCUAAAUUUUCUUCUACAUUUAUUUAUAAUAAAUUUAUAAAAAAAAUGAUGAUUAAAUAUCUUUCAGUUGUUGCUUUAAUUGUCUUUCUAUUUACAUUCGCUAAUUGUGAAAAUUGGUCGGUCAAUGUUGGUGAUGCUGGUAAUAAGGUUUUCGAACCACCCAACUUUGAUGCAAAUGUGGGAGAUACCGUUACUUUCAACUUCGUCGAUGGAAAUCACGAUGUUGUUCAAGCUGAUACCUUUGCUACAUGCGCUAAAUCCGUAUUACCAAAUGCCUUCAGUACACCCGUGUAUACUGGUAAUGCAGCAGCUCCUUCAACGGCCGUUUGGACUUUAACAAAAGCUGGUCCAUUGUACUAUUACUGCGAUGUUGAAGAACAUUGUCCAAAACAUAUGAUGUACGCUACGAUCAAUGUGCUUGAGGCGGGCGCUGCACUAAAAGUACCUGGUGUUAAAUCGGUUCCUCCACCAGCUACAUUAAAAACGCCAACUCCAACGAAUGGUACUGCACCACCUACACCAGCUGUUUCUUCUGCUGUCAGAACUGAUAAACAAAUAUCAAUUGCCGUUUUGUGUGGCGCUUUGUUGUCAUUGACUCGCUAUUUCUUAAUUUAAGAUUAAUCAAUAUUAGCUUUGAAUUUUUUGAAUUUUUUUUUUAUUUCCUUAUUUAGUAUUUAUAAGACGUAGAUUCCAACUUGUUAACGAUGCUUUUUUUUUUCUCUUUCUAUUUUUCUUUUAUUUUUAUAUUUAUAUAUAU